AUGACAAACAUGUAUUUUUACUGCUCUAAUUAGGUUGGUAACCAGUUUAUAAUAGCAAUAAACCACCUUAGGGGUUUGUGGUGUAGGCUGCGUGCGAUGGCGGUCUAGUUAUCUUAUAAGGGCUGUAUCCAGGCACUCCGCGUUGCGUCGUGUGAAAACAGCCCUUAGCCGUGGUAUAUUGGCCAUAUACCACAUCCCUCGGGUAUUAUAUAUGGAUCUGGGAACAGGUGUUUAUUUAAAAUACACAGGCCACAAGGACUCUAUCAAAUGCGACUCUGCAGCCUCAAUCAUUUUAUGGCGUUGGUGGCAACUAGGCUACACCCUGUUGCUGCACUGUUUACAUUAAAAGCUAUUUCAAACCCAAUGUAUGUGUUGUGAACUGGAACUAAUCGAGGAUGAUGUGUCAGAUAGAGGAAAGAAAAGGCGCAGGGGGACGUAAGGAAUUGAAGGAGAAGCGUGGUCCUGGGGAAAGAGGAUCAAGGACACGCAACAGCGCUAGGGUUGUAUUUGGAAAAGAACAAGUGACAAUGCACCUGCUGGCACCAGGAAGAAAAAUAUACUUUGAUUGCCAACUGAACCACACCUUAGCAAAAACACCGCGUAGCCUACUUUACGCCGAAACUCAUGUUACCGAGGGAGUGUCACGGUCAGAAAAUAGUCUAGUCAAAUUAGUUAGGGACAAGUAGACUGUUUAUUCAAUUUAUUUCACAACCGUAAAAAGGAAAAUGUUAUCGUAAAAAAAAACAUGUCAAGACCUAGUGUACACCUGAACGUUGAUUGGAUCGUAACUGAAACCUCCCCGGCAGACCCUGACUGGAGUGAUAUCGUUGUGACAAUGGUUGGCAGGGAAGUUACCUUACCCUGUGUUGAUUGGCCUCUCACGGGUUCUGUGAGCAUUAAUUGGAAGAUGAAGUCUCCUAGCGUGGACCACUGGAAACUGGUCCUCUCGGCCAAUGAGAGGCAGCAGUUCUCGGGGGCAGCCUCAAAGGCUUCCAUGCGAUUGGUUGACUCAAACUUUCAGGAAACUGGGGACUUCUCUCUGCUGUUCAUCCCCAAAAUGGAGGAUAAGGGUCGCUACUCCUGUCUGAUUAUACAGCAACAGAAGAAACUGAGAGAGAAGAUCAUACUAUUAGCCGUCCUCACAGUCUCUAUCUUUCCUUCAGCCACUCUCCCUCAGCACAGCACACUGCGUCUGAUGGCAGAAGUGUCCCCCGCCUCCGCCGUUUCCGAGGUAACCUGGCUGUCCCCUGGUGGGAAGCCCCUACGAUUGGCAAGGAGGUCAGGGGGGGGUGUUGCCAAGCUGCCCCAGAUACGCCUCACUGACCAGGGGGUAUACAUCUGCCAGGUGUACCCAAGGGGUAACAGCAGCUCCCCUAUGUUCCCCUUCACUGUGGACCUCCGCGUGGAUGGUAUGAAUGUGGCCUCGUUCACCAAUAUAAGCCAUAGUGCUCAGAUCUCUAUGGCCAGUCUCACCCAGACCCCUCUCACCCUCGCCUGCCCUCCGAUGCAGGGCGACUAUGUCCUGCUCUAUUGGAAGCCCCCAGACAGCAGAAACAUCAACACCACACCCCUGGUCUACGGGUACGACCGCUGGAGGGACCGCACAGAGCAGAGCAAGACUCAUGCCCAGCUGAGCCUGGACGGGCCAUUGUCUACCCCAAAAGACGGUUUCUUCUCCUUCCUGCUGAGCCCGGGGCUGAAUGACGGAGGCCUCUACAUGUGUGAGGUCUUCCUCAAUGACAACGUGUUCAGCCAGUGGACCCUACUUAGCAUCCUCCAAGUGAAAGCCAGACAUUCUCCAUCAGCCCUGGUCCUGACGUGUCAGUAUACAGAGCGCUCCCAGGUGAAGCGGGUGGUGUGGAGCCACCAGAACCAGAGUCGCACACUGAAGUGGAGCUCCUCUGGCCCGGGUCACCUCAGCACCGAGGUCCCCCUGUCCCCCACCCAGGACACGGCUGGGAACUACACCUGCACCAUGCUACUGCGGAACGGACAGGCGGUCAAGGCUGUUUACACCGUCAAACUGCCACCGAAAGACAACACAGAGAGCACUACUUCUAUCUCUCCUCCUCACCCAGAGAGCAACAGUGCCUCGCUCCUUCCCUUCCUCUCUGCUUCAUUGCUCCUGGUGCCCCUGGUUGCCGCGGUUGCUGGUGUGUUGCUAUGGAGACAGAAAGACAUUUCUCGCCGUGGUAUUGAACAGUCUCUCUCCCACUACUCCGGGGAAGUGGAAAAUAUCUAUGAGAAUCCUGAGGAUGUCAGACAGACUUCCCCCCAGGGUUCAGUGUACAUGGACCUGAAGCCCAGAGUGGAGGAUGAUGUCUAUGAGAAAUUGGAUCGAUACAAAUCAUGCAGCCUUCUGGAGACCUCCACAUCUCAGGAUUUAUCAGCAAAAGCUUGAAGCAGUCUGUUCAGUAUAUGGACAUUUACAGUGCCUUGACUUUUUUCACAUUUUGUUGUGUUACAGCCUAAAUGGAUUAUGUUGAGAUUUUAUGUCAUUAGCCAACACACAAUACCUGAUAAUGUCAAAGUGUAAUUAUGUUUUUUGACAUUUUACAAAUGUAUAGAAAAUGUCAAGCUGAAAUUUCUUAAGUCAAUAAGUAUUCAACCCCUUUGUUAUGGCAAGCCUAAAUAAGUUCAGGAGUAAAAAUUUGCUUAACAAGUCACAUAAGUUGCAUGGACUCACUCUCUGUGCAAUGAUUUUGA